AUGCCCACUAUGUAUUCUACCCAUUUAGAGCCCUUAGAUACACUUCAACGUAUUGCUGCUCGUACCAUAUGUGGCGACUUUGUCGUAGCGCUACUACGAGUACCACUACAACGUCUAGUACAACUACAACCACUAUACAAACGAGUAAGUGAACUGUCAAGUCCGUCCACUAUUCCUACAACUACUGUUGCACCAUGUGCAUAUAUGCGGUCAAUAACAGGUCAAUUAUACAAUGUUAUAAAUCCGACUACAACCGAAUCAAAUUAUACAUGUUAUGCAUAUUACUGGUAUGCAACAUCGUCUUCGGCUACACUAACAUUUGCCUUACGUCAAGAUCCUGGAUCGUGGUGUUUGGAUGAUGUUAGUGUAUAUCACGGUGCUGUGCAAAUCUUGAGCAAUGGUGGAUUUGAAACAGGAAGUUUUUCACCAUGGAAUUAUUCCGGAUGUAGUUUUGGUAAUCCUGGACACAUUGAACAUAAUACUUAUGGUUUUGCACAUAGCGGCUAUUAUUAUUAUUCAGAUGGAUGUUACGGACAAAUAGAUUCUUUAAGUCAAACACUGACGACUGUGCCCGGUGACUUAUAUGUCAUUAGCUUUUAUAUAUUUCAAAAUGGUGGAGGACCAACUAUUAUUGGGAAUGUAACAAUUAUAUAA